GGACCGAGCGGACGGGCGGGCGGCUGCUGCGGUGGCGGCGACUGCGGUCCUGGAUGCGCCGCGAGGCCGGAGGCAGGGGCGCCUGGCUGGGCAGGUGGCCGGCCUCCCUCCCUGGGCGGCGGGCGAGACAAUGAGGCUGGGAGCGGCGGGCUGGCUCGCUCCGCUCCUCCUCCUCCUGCUGCUGCACACGCGGCCCCAGGUCCUGGAAGCCGCCGGCACCUUUGAGCUGCAGAUCCGUUUCGUCCGCAACGAAAAGGGGGUCCUGGCAGACGGGCGGUGUUGCCGGGGAGGGCUGGAGCCGCCAUGCCCCAAGACGGAUCCCUGCCGGACCUUUUUCCGGGCCUGCCUGAAGGAAUACCAGCUGAGGGCGCUCCCUGGGGGACCCUGCGUGCUCGGCACCGCCACCACGCCCGUCCUGGGGGGCAACGUCUUCUCGACCGGUCACCGGAAAAACCUAGACUCGGCCCACAAGAUGGUGGUUCGCUUUGAUUUUGCCUGGCCGCGUUCCUACUCGCUGGUUCUGGAAGCCUGGGAUGCCGCCAACGUCUCCGACGUCACCACCCAAGGAGCAGGGCAGUUGAUGGAGCGGGUGACUCGCUCGGGCAUGUUGAACCCAGGCGAGGGCUGGGAGGACUUGUGGCACCACGGCCGCGGCACCUCGCUGGAGUACCGGGUGCGAGUCCGCUGCCAGGAGCACUACUACGGCCCAGUGUGCAACCUCCUCUGCCGGCCCCGUGAUGAUUUCUUUGGGCACCACGUCUGCGACUCCGGCGGCGGCAAGGUCUGUCUGGACGGCUGGACGGGAGACGAGUGUACGCAGGCGAUCUGCCGACCGGGCUGUCACGAAACGCACGGGUUUUGCGAGGAGCCCAACGAAUGCAGGUGCCAUUAUGGGUGGACAGGCCCGCUCUGCGAUGAGUGUAUCCUUUUCCCAGGCUGCGUCCACGGGAGCUGCACUGAGCCCUGGAAAUGCAACUGUGAGACCAACUGGGGAGGGCUCUUGUGCGACAAAAAUCUGAACUAUUGUGGGUCCCACUGGCCGUGCGAAAACGGGGGCACUUGCGCCAACAAGGAGCCGGACGAAUACGAAUGCCUGUGUCCAGAGGGGUUCCGUGGCCGGAACUGUGAAAACGCUGUCCUUCCACUCCCUGUGGCCGAAUCCGCCUGCCCUUCCAACCUCUGUUCAAACGGUGGGACGUGUCUCCAGGGUCCGUCGGGCUUCUGGUGCGUCUGCCCCCUGGGAUGGAGCGGAGAGUCCUGUCAGAAUGAGGUAACGGACUGUCUCUCGGAGCCCUGCAGCCACAGUGGGAUUUGCCAAAGUAUCUCGGGGGGCUUCAAGUGCCACUGCUCGCCCCAGUGGACGGGAAAGACCUGUCAAAUCGAUGUGAACGAGUGUCAGGCGAACCCCUGCCUCCACGCCCGGGGGUGUAAAAACCUCAUUGGCAGCUAUUUCUGUGAUUGCCUGGAAGGCUGGAAUGGACCCAACUGCGAAAUCAGAGAGGACGCGUGCCAGAGAGAAUGCCGGAACGGAGGUACCUGCCAGGUGAGAAAUGGCAGGCACGCAUGCGCCUGCCUGGCAGGGUACACAGGUGCGGAGUGCGAGACGGAGCUGGGGGCAUGUGCCAGUGCCCCCUGCCUGCACGGAGGACAAUGCCAGGAGAGGGGAAACACGACUUUCCGAUGCAGCUGCCCACUAGGCCGGAGUGGCCACCGCUGCGAGCGGGUCUCCGGGGAUCUCUGCUCCCCAAACCCGUGCCCAGAAGGGUCUUCAUGCCUGAGCGGAAAAGACAACUACGUUUGUACCUGCCCGGAGGGCACCCAGUGCCAGAAAAUCCAGGAGCCGUGCCCGGAAGGGGUGUGCCCAGGGGGCGCCAACGUGAUCCUCCUGUACACCAUGCUGCCUCUGGCUCUGCUCCUCGUCUUGGUGGUUCCUGUCUUGGCGCUGCUCGUGUUGUGGAUCAACCGCAAAUCCCGUGAGGCCCCUCCGGUACCUCUGGAUCCCGCCACUAACAACAUUCUGCAGCCCGAUGCUGUUCAUCUCAUCCGCAACAUCACCCACGGCGAUGCCGAGUCGGGGCCGAGGGAGCCCGGGAUGGUGGGCAAAGUGGGGCUGCCCCUGGCCUUGCGCCCCCCUUCCGGACUCCCAAAGACAGACAUCUCCAACGAGGAGAGGGCCAAACUGAACCGACUGAAUGCCUCCUCGGCCUUGCCGCAGCCUUCGCUCUAACCCAGCGAGGAGGAUGUGCAGAGCUGCUAAAAGGGGGGGUUUCCCUCUCGGUUUUCGGAUCGGGGCCUUCGGAGCUCGGGGCACCCCAGCGAUUUCAGGGUUAAGCCCCCCCCAAUGCACCUUACCGGCCUAUCUAGCCUAUUAUAACAGGGUCUCUCUUCAUGUCUACAGUGUUAUCAACUGUAGCUUUACUUCAGAGGGAGACAGCGUGAUUCUGAAAGCGCCCCCUGAAGACAGUGCGGACCUGGAGUGUCACGUGCUGCCAGGCCGAAGUUCAACAGGUCAGGUUGUUGAACGAUCACUGAUGGACAGUUGAGGAAGCAGAUUCUGUGGACAAGGGGGGGGGGGAGGCCAUUUCUGCCUUCGGAACCUGAUUCAUAAGGCAUAGUUACAGAAGCCUGGAACAACUGGACCCCAUUUCCCUCUCAGGACUGAGAGGAUGGAGGGCCAGGGAAUCUCUUCGAGCUGUUCCCGCUUCCAAAAAGAAGGUUGAAUGAUGAAGCCCAGAUAUGUUGCAUGGUGGGGGGGGGCCUGUUGAGAAGCGAGACGGCAAGAGCCUGGCAGUGCCAGAUGUGUGCCAAGCAAUGCAAAAACUUGACUUCUGCAUUGUUACAGUCACCUGGCCCAGCCCUCUGUCUCCGAGAGAGGACAAGCCCGAUCACCCGCAGAAACUGCAGGCAGGGUGACAUAGACUGGGAGUGUCCCCUAUUGUUCUUCCUCAGCAUCUAGCAAUUGGGAGGUGUCAUGCCUCUGGACAUGGAGGUUCCAUUUUUAAACUGCCAUGACUAACAGCCAUGGGAUAGGCCAAAUUUGGGUCUGCCGUCAGUGGCCCUGGGGUCCAAUCCGGCACCGGGAAUGGUGCCGUCUGCUCUUCCCUGCUUGUUGCUUCACGGCAACGUUGGGAUGCCGAAUGGCGGCAUCCGUAGCAGUGGAGAUUGACAACAGACCGAGCGAAGGGGUUACCUCAGCGCUCUGUCUUUGCCCCAGUCAGUUGACGGAGCUGUUGACCAAAUCCUGUCCCAAAAGCCGUCCUUGAGAGCAGGACAUGAGCAGAUCCAAAGGAGUGUGAAGAGGAAGGGGGUGUGAAACCCAGCCGGGGGCUUCUCAAGAGUUGGCCCAAGCCUAAAGCUGUAAUGGUCUGGUUGAUUCCGAAGCUGACUGGCACAUGGAAAUCACUUCCAUACACGAGGCUGGCUGUCCUGGCGGUAAAAAACAAGGCCCGGGUCAAGCAUCAGCCUGCACAGGGAAUAGUAAACCGCGUGGGGGGGGGGAGACCCAGUCGAUUCUCAGG